GCUUGGUCACAUCGCCGGGCAGACGGAUGAAGAGAAGAGAGAGAGAGAGACUGGCUAUGGAGCUCCUCUGCAGGCUGCAUUUAUCAAACAGGAAGUCUCUCCUUCCGUGAAAGAUGGCUACAAUGGAGCUGAGAUAACCUCUUCCUCUUUUCUUCACCAAUUACGGCUCCUGCUGCAGUAUAACCAUGGGAACAUGGCGUGAUCUACGAGUGGCUUUCAUCCUGGGAUCUUUGUUUAUGAUCCUGCUUAUCAUCGUCUACUGGGAUGAUGUCGGAGGCUUCAGCCUUUACCCGCUGCAGGACCCCAAACACGAGGUGCUUCAGUCCGGAUGCUGCUCCCCGAUGACUAUGAGCCCACCCCAGGCUGGGUCCACCAGCAGAGCCCAGGCAAAGUCCUCAUUCAUUGUCUCCACCACCGCUUCUAGUACUCCAUUCAUCCCAAAAGAAGCAGAUCAGAAGCAUACAGAGGAAGGGGAGGCGAAGCAAAAACAUGAACAGAGGAAGGAGGAAACCAGGGAGAAUGAGGAGAAGGAGAUGUUGGCUUAUGAUAGGGAACAGGAGGCGAGGAAGAAGAGGAUCGAGGAUGUGUGUUCGGGAAAGGAAGAUGUGGAAGUCCCCGAAAGUACUCGGGCAUUUUCACAGAUCCCCAACAGGGAACUUGAUCACCUGAUAGUAGACGAUACACACCAGAUUAUCUACUGCUACGUUCCCAAGGUAGCGUGCACCAACUGGAAGAGAGUGAUGGUGGUUCUGUCUCAGUCUCUGAUCUCACCCUCCUCAGGGACACCUUACACUGACCCAGAGGCUGUACCUGCUGACCUUGUACACAACUCCACUUUGCAUCUAACGUUUGCCAAAUUUUGGCGCCGGUAUGGUUCCCUGUCCCGCCACUUGAUGGCACUGAAGCUCCAGCACUACACCAAGUUCCUAUUUGUGCGAGACCCUUUUGUGCGUCUCAUCUCUGCCUUCAGGAACAAAUUUGGAAGGCCCAACCAGGACUUCUACAGGCAGUUUGGUUCAGUUAUGCUGCGUCGUUAUGGUAAUGUGACUGGGAGUUUGCCAGAGACCGUGGCCGAGGCAUUUAAAGCAGGAAUCAAACCAACAUUUCAGCAGUUUAUCACAUACCUGCUAGAUCCAGAGACUGAGAAGGAGAGCAUCUUCAAUGAACACUGGCGGCAGGUUUACCGUCUGUGCCACCCUUGCCAGGUGAAGUACGACUUCAUCGGAAAGCUAGAAACCCUGGAAACAGAUGCAGAGCACCUGCUGAAGCUUCUGAAGGUGGAUCAUCUGAUACGGUUCCCUUUAGGGGCCCAAAACCGUACUGCAGCCAGCUGGGAAAGUGACUGGUUUGCACAGAUUCCCAUUACAAUACAGAGGCAGCUGUACAAGCUCUAUGAACCGGACUUUAAGCUGUUUGGAUACCCCAAACCUGACAGCGUGCUUCACCGGUAGAUUACACCAAGCCGAAGGCCUGGGCGCUACACUGUGUGUAGAGCCUACUCAUUGCCUGCCUGUGCACAACCAGCACAUGCCUUUGAAGACCAGUCUGUGAUGCUGUGUUUCAUUUGUUCUGUGCAUACCUCAAAUGACAAAAGUGCCUGCCUGUGUUAUUUUAUUUUUGAAAUUAUUUCAUAUCCAAAGUGCACCAGCUUAUAAGUUACUUUAUCCCAGUCUGUGUUUCCUCAUGCAAUGGCACUUUAAAGAGUAU